AUGUCCUCCUCCACCGCGUCGUGGUCGCGCUACGGCGCCGUCCCCACCUCCCCCCCUGCGCCGUCGCCGGCACCGCCGCUCAAGCCGGAGGACGCCGCGGGCGGCGAGGCGGCGCCCUCGUCGUCGUCGGCCUCAGCCACGGCGGCGGAGGCCGGGGUCGCCUUCUUCUCCCGCGGGUGGGCGUUCGCGGGCGCCGCGGCGGGCCGGCCGCGCGCGUGGCGGGAGGUGCUGGACCCGACGGCGUUCUCGCGCCCGGAGAGCUGCGGGGAGGCCCGCGCGCGGGCGCGCCGGAACCUCGCCUACUUCCGCGCCAACUACGCGCUCGCCGCGCUCGUGCUCGUCUUCCUCGGCCUCGUCUACCGCCCGGUCUCCAUGCUCGUGUUCCUUGCGCUCUUCGUCGCCUGGCUGGGCCUCUACUUCGGCCGCGGCGACGGGGAGCCGCUCGUGUGCCUCGGCCGCGACGUCGACGACCGCGUCGUGCUGGCCGUGCUCUCGGCGGCAACGGUCCUCGCCGUCGCGCUCACACGCGCGGGGCUCAACCUCCUCGUCUCCCUCGUCGUCGCCGCCGCCGUCAUCGGCCUGCACGCCGCCUUCAGGGUCAACUUCUACCUCGACGAGAGGGACGCGUUCGAUGUCGCCGGCAACUCGUUCACGGAUAGCGCAUACGGCUACGCGCUCCCUAGAUGA